GAUAUCGGACAUGCAGCACACUAUUGGACAAUAUCCAAGCGGAAAUUAAAAAUCCAUCUUAUAUCCAACAUCAAACUGCACAAAUGUCCUUAGAAAUGAGUUCCGAGACCCAAUUCUAAGUAUCCCAGCUGGGCCUUUAGGGUUUUAAUCCACGCUCUCUCUACUCCAAAAUCGAGGUUUCAGGGUUUUUGAGUCUGGAUUUCCUUUUACGUGUAAAAGCAAAUGGUUUUAAGCUGAUCUCUCUCUCUCUCUAUCUAUUCCGCCAUGUCCUCUGAUCCAGUCGUGCCCCGUGGUGCUCGUUUCCUCUUAUCUUCACCACCAUCAGUUGCCCUAGAUUUCGUAGACAAAGCCAUCGAUAUAAUCUUGACUGGUAAAUCAACAAAGAGAGGUUAUAAGAGAGCAGCUAAUGCUCUACAGGUGACUGUGGAAUCAGUGGAAGAGGCAAUUCAAAUGCUCUGUAAAAUUUUUUUUUUUGGGGCUCAAUCCAAUUUGUCUAAUGUCGAUAUGGCUGAGUUUCUUUUGAAACUUGAAUUUGAUAAAGCUUCUGCACAAUGUUUGGCAAGCCAUUUUUCUCAGAAGGCGAAAGAAAUUAGAGAUAUUGUUGUGAGCCCCUUGCUUUAUGCUCCUUCCUUUAAGAAUAUAGAGUGGAGGCUGGAUAUUCAGGUUGCAGGUAGAAGCUUCUGGAACCAGAUGUACCCAUCGUUUUUACUGAAAUUAUUAUUCAAACCCCAGCAUGUGAAUGAGAUUCAGCGACCUAUUGCUUCAAGUUCAUGCGAGAAACCGUCAAGGCAACCCAGUGAGAUUUAUGUAGAAGCUAAUUAUUCUACCCUUAAGGCCAUAUGCACAGAUCUGGAAAAGGCGUUGGCUUCUCGUGGAGACCAUAGUCGAUGGUUCAUUAGCAAUCAACCAUAAAUUUUGCAACCAGUAGAUAGUUAAGAGAAUGGUGGUUCAUCGAAUGUGUACAACAUCAAAUUGGUAAUUCAUAGACGUUGUUUGAAAAUCACUGGAAGUUUACAUCUGAUUCCAGGUCAUAGCAAAUAACAUAGAACAAAUUUGUGGA